UUCCAGGAAAACCCCGGCUUGUGAUUAACCACACCCAGAUGAAUACUGCUCUCAUUCAGUGGCACCCUCCUGUGGACACAUUUGGACCUCUUCAGGGCUACCGUCUAAAAUUUGGACGAAAGGACAUGGAACCCCUCACGACUCUUGAGUUCUCUGAAAAGGAAGACCACUUUACAGCUACAGACAUCCACAAAGGAGCAUCGUAUAUCUUCAGGCUCUCAGCCAGAAACAAAGUGGGCUUUGGGGAGGAGAUGGUGAAAGAGAUUUCUGUUCCAGAAGAAGUCCCAACCGGAUUCCCUCAAAGCCUCCACUCAGAAGGCACCACUUCAACCUCCGUACAGUUAUCUUGGCAGCCACCUGUCCUGGCAGAAAGAAAUGGCAUUAUCACCAAGUAUACACUUCUGUACAGGGAUAUCAACAUCCCUCUUCUUCCAAUGGAGCAGCUUAUUGUUCCAGCUGACACCACUAUGACACUCAGUGGCUUAAAACCAGAUACCACAUAUGAUGUAAAAGUACGUGCUCACACGAGCAAAGGGCCCGGGCCAUAUAGUCCCAGUGUCCAGUUCAGGACACUGCCUGUGGAUCAAGCAGUGUUUGCAAAAAAUUUUCAUGUCAAAGCAGUAAUGAAGACUUCAGUGCUACUGUCUUGGGAGAUUCCAGAAAAUUAUAAUUCUGCUAUGCCUUUCAAAAUUCUUUAUGAUGAUGGGAAAAUGGUGGAAGAAGUGGAUGGUCGAGCUACCCAGAAGCUGAUUGUCAACCUGAAGCCUGAGAAGUCCUAUUCAUUCGUGCUGACAAAUCGUGGGAACAGUGCUGGGGGUCUACAGCACAGGGUAACAGCAAAGACUGCACCAGAUGUGCUCCGGACCAAGCCUGCCUUCAUUGGGAAGACCAACUUGGAUGGCAUGAUUACCGUGCAACUGCCCGAAGUACCUGCAAAUGAGAAUAUAAA